GAAAUUCGUCCUUUCAGUUUGUACUUCUCAGGUCACAGUUCUUAUGCUUUUGUGACACCGCUAUUUUCCUCCAAGAGGGCAGAUCCAGGUCAGUCGUCAUCGGUCAGCCAAACAUGGAUUCUCACCUUCAAGAUACUAAACGAUCCAGCCCUCCUCUGAACACUGAAGGAGCGUAUAAUGUUGUCGACUUUAUACUGCAGACAAUUAAGCAACACGGGAAUGAAAUCGCACAGAUUGAAAGUGAGACAAAAAAGUCGAUAACAUUUGAAGAAAUAAUAGGAAGGGUGAACUGGCUGGGCAGUCUCUUGGUGAACGCUGGCAUCAGGAACGGAGAUGUGAUCUGCAUAAUUUCUAAAAACAGCUUAGACUAUUCAUGGCUUCUCCUUGGAGCCUUGCAAGCCGGUGCGGCGUGUGCCUUGUAUUCACCGUACACAAAAAAGCGCGAAAUCGCUCAUUUUGUCAAAGUCUCGAAGCCGAGGUAUGUCAUAGCGCCAGAGAUAGAGGAUGAACAGCUCAGCGUCCUUCUUGAAAGUGAUGUAGAAGUGAUAUACACGACAUUCAAAUUGAAUCACUACGGGACCAAGAUCAGGCCGUACUCUGAACUCAUCAUCCCUGACUCAGAAGUGCGUGGAAGUGCCAAAUGGAAGAUAAGCACGUGCAAGGCUGAUCUAGACGACCCUGCCUUGAUACUUGCAUCAAGCGGAUCCACUGGACUUCCAAAAGGAGUGCUUUUAAGUCACAACAACCUUGUUUCAGCCCUUUGUCACAGCAAAUUGUUAAUGAGACGUAGUUCAAUCGGACUGGGCCUGAUGCCUUUUUUUCACGCCUAUGGCCUCGGACUCAUGCUCAUGGCACUCUGCGAGGGGACAAAGUUCAUCACAAUGUCAAAAUUUUCAAUGGACAAAUUUCUUGAAAUAGUUCAAACUUACAAGAUAAGUAAUUUAUAUCUUGUACCAUCUUUAGUUGCAUCACUUGGGAAAUCAGUGGGUGCGACAGCAAAAGAACUUUCGUCUGUGAGAGAGAUCUUUACAGGUGCUGGUCCGAUAACGUUGUCACAACAGAAGUCGCUUUUAGCAAAAUUACACCCUUCGGCUAAGCUGUACCACUCGUACGGCAUGACAGAAACCACAUUUGUCGUCCUCUUCGGCGAGCACAGGGAAGAUAAACCAGGCUCGGCUGGAACCCUCGUUCCUGGGAUUAAAGCUCAAAUAGUAACCGAAAAUGGCAAUUUGGUCAAACCCGGCCAAAUCGGAGAGUUGCAAUUAAAAGGGUCGCUUGUUAUGCUAGGCUAUUUUGAAAAUGAAGAAGCGACUAAUGCUACAAAAGACAAAAAUGGAUGGCUGCAUACCGGCGAUCUUGUUUUUAAAGAUAUUGAUGGAUAUUAUUACAUCAUUGAUAGGAUCAAAGAAUUAAUUAAAUACCAAGGGUUCCAGAUCUCCCCGACUGAACUGGAGCUGGCUUUACUAGAGCACAAGGCAAUCGCAGAAGUAGCUGUUAUAGGAGUGCCACAUGAGAUCUACGGGGAAGUCCCCAAAGCGUUUGUCGUCAAAAAUAAAGGCUAUGACAUCUCUGAAAACGAAAUCAUUUCCUUAUUGAGAAGUGAACAUAGCUCUUACAAACAACUCAGAGGGGGUGUCGAGUUCAUCGAGCAGCUCCCAAAGUCCCCAAGUGGAAAAAUACUGAAAAAGAAGCUGAGAGAGCUGGUCCAAUAAUUUAUAUUUAUUUAAUUGUUAAUUUUUUAUUGUAAUGGUUUUAAUUGUUAAAAUAAUUAUCUAUUGUGGCAUUUAUAUAUUUAAAAAAAAAACAAUUACAAAUAUAUUCUAGUCUAAAAA